AUGCUAAUUCCUGUCGUGUUUGUGGCCUGUUUUGGGCUGUUCUGGACAUACCUUCAUUUUAGGCGACGUUAUCUGUUUUGGUUGAAGCGUGAUGUGCCGUACCUGGAACCGACCUUCCCGGUUGGAAACGUGGUGGACAUUUUCCGUUCCACCAUUCACUUUGCACACCUGAUUGAGAAGCUGUACAAGCGGUUAAAAGGACAGGGCGAUUAUGCUGGCAUCUACUUCUUUCGGGAUCCUGUGCUGUUGGUCCUUUCGCCCGAGUUUGCCCGCACGAUUCUUGUGAAGGAUUUCAACUAUUUCGUCGAUCGUGGAGUGUAUAGCAAUGAAGAGGUUGAUCCUCUCUCGGCCAAUCUCUUCUUCAUAGAUGGUAACCGGUGGCGAAAACUGCGCUCAAAGCUAGCACCAACCUUUACGUCCGGGAAGUUGAAGGCCAUGUUCCACACGAUAGUGGAUGUGGGCAAUCGUUUGGAUCAACAUCUCGCCGAGAGAUGCAUUCGAUUACAACGGAUCGACAUCAAGGAGCUUCUGGCGCGCUUCAUGACGGACGUUAUAGGGUCGUGUGCUUUCGGGAUCGAGUGUAACAGUUUGGAAAAUCCCAACUCCCAGUUCCGGAUCAUGGGCAAACGUAUGAUCAAUCUACCGAAACUAAAAGCUCUCAAGGUGUUCUUUGCCAUGUUGUUCCGGAAGCAGGCACAUGCACUAGGAAUACGCUAUAAUGAUAGGGAUGUGUCAGAAUUUUUCAUGAAAGUCGUCCGGGACACGAUUCGCUAUCGUGAAGAAAAGAGUGUCCGCAGAGAUGACUUUAUGCAGCUCCUAAUCGACAUGAUGCAGCAAGAUGGCGACCGCCCGGGAGAUGCCCUAACGUUUGAGGAGAUUGCCGCCCAAGCUUUUGUGUUCUUUUUCGGAGGGUUCGAAACAUCCACGACUACGCUCACCUGCGCAUUGCACUUGCUGGCGCAACACCCGAAAGCACAGCGGAAGGCAAGAAAGUGUGUGCGAAGUGCGUUGGCUAAGCACGGUAACGAGCUAACGUACGAAGCUGUUACGGAGAUGGACUACAUCGAGUGUGUUAUUAACGAAACUCUUCGUCUAUAUCCGCCGGUGGCCACAAUUCAUCGAAUGACUUCACGACCCUAUCAACUCCCGAACGGGAAAGUCCUGCCGAUCGGUGUUGGAGUGAUCAUCUCUAACCUUGCCUUUCAUCAUGAUCCCACCUUCUUUCCUGACCCAUACCUCUUCAAACCGGAACGAUUUGAAGACAAAACGUUUGGGAAAAACAACCCAAGCUAUCUGCCCUUUGGAGACGGACCACGGAUGUGUAUAGCGAUGCGUUUCGGACAGCUUCAAACACGGUUGGGAUUGGCAAUGUUGUUGAGGAACUACAACUUCACGAUUGACGAUUGUGAUAUUGACCGGCCGUUGGUUAUUGAUCCGGUCAACAUGAUGCAUGGACCGGCGGGAUCAGUUUGGUUGAACGUGGAACGUACAGUGGAAAAUAAAUGA